AGAUUUCUGUGUUAUUUGGUUUUAUUUUCAGAGUGUUGUAUGAAGAAUGGUGUCAGUGCACGAUGCUUACAGAUAUGCGUACAUGAUUUCAGAUUGACUGAUGAAGCUCUCACUCUUGCACUUAGCUGUGUAGAUGAUAUUACAGCAAUGUUACUGUGUAGUACAGAUGGACGUGAUCACAGACCAUGUUGUAAAAAUGCUGGUAUUAAUGAUCAAUGUUUAGAUAUCUGUAACCUACAACCUGGUGUUACACCUAGUACAGCCCUCAUUCCAUGUGCAAUCAAAGUGGAGGAACUGUCAAUAUGCUUUGAUGAAGGCAAAGGUUUGUAUCCACGGCCACCUGAGGAUGUUGAAGUAAAAACAAUAGAACAGUAUUCAAUAGUAAUAGAUUGGCAAGAACCAGGUGGAGGUCCGAAUAUUACCAGCUAUACUGUAGAACACUCAUUAGAUAACAGUAUUUGGACAAAGAAACCAAACACCAGUCUCACAUAUUUUGCUUUAACCAAAUUGACACCUAAUACACGCUACUUCAUGCGAGUCACUUCAAACAACAAGAAUGGACAAAGUACACCCUCUAAUGUCCUUGUAGCUAUCACUAAACCAGUACCAAGUAAUAAGACAGAUGAUGAUUGGUUGCAGUUAUGGCAAGAUCGAAAUGAAUGUUGUCAGAAGAGUAAUAUUUCUACUGACUGUCAGUCUAUGUGUCAGUCUGGUAUGUUUGAUGAGUUAGAUACAAGAUCAUGUUUUGGUGACAUUGACAAGAUCAUUGCUUGUGCUGCAGAUGGACGUGAUCACACCAAUUGCUGCAGUCGUAAAAUUCCAGGAUUUUCACCAAGCUGUCUUCAUUAUUGCAAAGGUCAACCUGGGUCAAGGGAUGUCAAUGCUGCUCUAUGUCUGACUUUCAUUGGACCUAUACUCUCUUGUUUCACUGAAGGUCAAGGCUUACUGCCUACACCACCUCAGUAUGUGAAAGCUGUAGCCUCAAACAGUACUGAGAUUACCAUGAAGUGGAAACAGUCUGCUAGUAACUGUAAUUCCAGCUGUUACUAUGUAACCUAUAUUUGGAAAGACAGCUCUAAGGACACUGUAGAACGAUAUAGAACUAAGCUGAAUUCCUAUGUUUUUAAAAACUUGUCCCCCUUGACAAAGUAUCGUGUUGCAGUGGCCGCCUACAAUGGUAAUGGAAUGAGUCUGCCCUCGCCUUAUAUUAUUUUAACAACACCAGUUGAUUCUCAAUAUACUAUAUCAGUGUCACAUGACCCUCUUGGUGUAGUUGACAAUGGUACUUCAGUUCGAUUAAUAUGUGCUUCUUAUGGUGCCAAGUUUGAUACUGUGAAAUGGUUGAGAAAUAAACAGACAAUAGAAAAUAGAAAUAUACAUGUUAUUCAAGAAGUGACCAGUAAGGACGAGGGAUUAUACUUAUGCAAUGUUACAUUUAUUGAUGGCAAAAUGAUGAGUGAGGACCUGUAUCUCAAUGUGCGAUAUAAGCCUGUAGCAAAGAAAAUGACUGAGAAGACGGCCAUACCAAACAUGGGACAAGAUGCUAGGUUACUGUGUGAGUUUGAAGGUUUUCCAGAUACAGUCAUAUGGACAAAGGAUGGGAAUGUUAUACAGCCUAGUUUAAAAUAUUUCCCAACGUUGAGCAAUGAUUAUGGUACUGGUAAAACCACCGGUGCUUUAAUUGUUAACAAUGUUACCUCAGCUGAUUUUGGAAGCUAUACCUGUACUGGAUCCAACAAGUUUGGAAAAAUGCACUCGACUGGUAGUUUAAGAAAUUUUAUUCCUGUUACACCUACAUCAGCACCACAUAAUAAAACAGAAGUUUCAGAAUGUUGUAAAUCGAAAGGUGUUCCACUUGACUGCACAUCUGCAAUUUGCACUUACGAUAUAAACAUUAAUGGUUUAUUUAGUAAUUCAGCCCUGACUCAUUGUGCCAAUUAUGUGCCAGAAUUUUUGUCUUGCGGAAGUGAUGGAAAAGAUCACACAAAAUGCUGCUCAAAAGAUGGGGUACCUGAAGGAUGCCUGCCAUUCUGUGCAGGAGCCGUACCAGACCAUAAUGACCAGUUGGAGCUACUGGUCUGUCUACCACAUGGAGACACUCUCAUCAACUGUCUUGUGCAUGGAACUCAGUAUAUACCAUCAGCACCAAGGAAUGUACAUGCCAAACUGUUGUAUGACACUGUUCAGGUAUUCUGGGAUGCCCCUGAGGAUAAUCCAGAUAAAGUGGAGGUUUACCACAUAUACUACAAGUCAAAGUCUCUCGAGAAAACAUUUGAUGCAGCAAGUAAACAGUCACGGUCAAAGAUGUUACAGUCUGAUUUAAUAAAGAAGGGAGAAACUUACAUAAUCUGGAUGAAAGCAGUCAAUGAUUUUGGAUCCAGCCAAAUGUCUGAACAUACAAACAUUACUAUAAGUGGAUUGGUACCACCAGCACCAAGCAACCUUCAAGGCAAUCUAUUAACAAGCAACAUGAUUGAAAUAAAAUGGACAGCACCAAAAACGAAACUCAAGAUAACAGGCUAUGCCUUGCAUUAUCAAAGUUUGGGAGGAAAGGAAUUGAUUGUCAGACCUAUACAGACUGAGACUCGUUUGGUUGGUCUAAAAGCCAAUACAAGGUACAUUAUAUCUGUGGCAGCUGUCAGUGCUGAUGGUGAGGGUCAGAGAACAAAUACUAUAUCCAUAACAACUGAUGAGGCUAAGCCAGAAAUAGCUACAGUAAAACCACAGCCUCAGACUCAGGAAACAGUUGGUAUAGUGGUUGGUGUCAUUCUAGGCUUGAUCUUCUUAGUGGCAAUAGCUAUUGUAGCCAUAAUACUUUUCAGGAGGAUGGCUCAAGGGAAACCUACUCAGAACCAGACAGUGGCCUUUGAAAAUCCUCAUUAUGCAAGUGGACAAAGGGUAACUGGGUUACCAGGGGAGAAUGAGAAUGGUUCAUUUGGUUACGGGAAACUAAAUGAGGAGCAAGACAAUGAGCAUAUGUAUGUUACGAUGGACAAUACACAAGCAAGCAGCAGUACUGAUACCCCCGCAACUCUUGAUCUGAGUUAGUCUUAAUAUCAACGAGCGUUUGAUCUUCGAAUCCAAACAUUUUAAUAUCACAAUGUACUCCUUCUGUGUUUUCAAGUAUUAAAUUGUUACUGAUGUCCCUGAAAUACAAAUGUUUUUAUCCACCAGUACUCUAUUCUGGUGUAUCACUAUUCCCACGCCAUUUUUAGUGGCGCCAUUUUUGUAAUGUAGCAUAAAAGAUAAUUUAAGCUUAGUAAAAUUUGGGUUCACAAUUUAAAAGGGAGAUGUUACUUUUAAAAUACUGACAUACUAGCUUCAUUUGAAGUCAGAAAUGUAUUUUAAGCCUUAAAGUUAAUUGAUGAGAAUUUAAAACACAUCAUGUCUUAUCUUUAAUGUCAGUAAUAUGUUUAAGAAAAAAAAAUCAUGAUAAUUGCACUUAUGAAAGAAAUUGAAAUUUUAUAAUUAUGCUAGGUUUGUAGAAUUGGUAAGAUAAAUGAAAUUUAGCUCACUUGUGUACUAAUGUGCAAUUUACGCAAUUCGAAAAUUUAUUGAAAUGAGUUAUUUUAUGUCCAUAUGUUGCAGGGUAUAUGUUGAUAUUUAAAUAAACUGCAAUAUAAUCCCUGUUUAGACUAUCUCUACACAGUGUUGUAAUAUUUAAAAAAUAACAAAAUUAAAUUGAUGUUUCACUUCCAAUUUAUUUGACAUACAUGUUUUUUUAUUUAAGUAAAAAAAUAUCAUAAAAAAAUAGCCCAUAAUGGAACACAGUUUGUUAAUUUGUCAGUUUAGAAUUUAAAUAAAAAGAAAAUACUCAACAGAAUUUAUAUACAUUUCAUACACUGAAAAUUUUCAGAAAAUUUGAGUUGUUUUUAAUGAGAUACAUAUCAAAAUAUAGAAAUGUGAUAUUUGUAGUGUAGGGUGUACAUGUACACAAUGUGAUAUGACUGGUGUAAUGUUGUUGAUUUUGUUGUCUUUAUUUUAUCAUUUUGGUGUUCAUGUUGUUAUAAACUAUUUAUCAAUCUGUCAGCAAUUAUUCAGAGUAUUGAAUUAAUAGCAAUUGUUGAACAAAUGCAUUUGUUUGAUUCAUUUAUUUCUUUAGGGCACUAAUGUCAGUCCAGUGACUUUUAUUUUAAUUUUCGAAACAACCUGUGGCUUAAUAAAGGUGAAAAUAAAUCACAACAAAUCACAAAAAGUUAAACUCUGAAAUCAAAGUACAACGGAGAAAGAAAUAUACCCACACAUUUGAUCAGUUUUUCAAUUUCAUUUCAAUUCAUGGUACAUAGUAGAGUCUAUAGAGACGUUUUUCUGUCUUUCAGUCAAGUAAAUUUAUCAUAUGGCUGAUAUUAGUCAGUGGUUCUGGUGAAGAAUGUGUACUAUGCAUUUCUGGGGAAAAUACAACAUUUUUAGGGAAAAAUAUAUCUAUUCUGAGAUAGGGAAAACAGCCUUUAUUCGGCCGUAAAAUGUAGGAAAAACUCACUGGUUCAAGGACUGAGCCAGUCAAGACUGUUUAUAAGUACCCUUGUUGUAUACACUUAGUAUAUUAUUCAUCUAAACAAAUAAUAUUACAAAUCAUCAACAUGACUGAGAAGAAAGUUGUUGACAUUUUGUAAAUUGCCGUCUCCACAGCUGGAAGCUAAAUGUCUGUUUUGUGAUAUUGAAAUUACUGGAAAAAAUGAAUCAAACAUUUGUUUUGUAUUGAUGUUUUAUUAAGAAAUAAAUCCAUUAUUUGUAUAUUAUAUGUGUUCAUAGGUGGCUUUCUUGUUUUAUAUUGAUUUAACUCAAUACAUGUUAACGAUUGUUCUAGUUAAUGUAUCAAAGUAAGUAAGCUUUUAGGAAAGAACCGUCAUUUGUAACCCCUCAUCUCUAACUCUGUUCAGCGGAAACAGCUGUGACUGCUGUUUUUGAGCAGGAAUUCCUUGGAUUUUGGAACUGUCCAAUAUUAGUUUUGGCAACACUUAUAGAUAGUCAGUCAACAGUAUAGAGCCUGGUCAGAUUUUAUGGAAGUGCAGGUUGGCCUGGUAAUAUAAAGGCUGAUUAAUUUGAAUUCCAGCAGGUUAAAGUGAUCUUUACAAGAAGAUUUAGUCUAUGAUAUAAUUCCUUGGGGUUAACAAUAACUUUGAUCAUGCUAAAAAAUUGAUUUACUUGAAUGUUCUGCUCAGACUUCUUCUAUACUUGCAACCAGUGCGGGUGGAAUGUGUUAAAAUAUUCAUCAGGGUAUUGAACAAGCCUAGUAAUAAUUAUUUCUGUUAUAUUUCAUCAGGGUUAUUUACAAGCUUUCAUAUUUCUGCCAGUAUUUGGAGGCAUAUUUUGUUCUCACAUGAAAGUGCUGAUGUCAUCAAUUUACAAGUUUAUGAUGACAAUGUAUAAUUAGUGUAAUUAUCUAGAGUGCUGAAGAAUAUCAAUAUUUUCUCCAAUAUUACCUACUGUGUGAAUGACCUUAUGUCCAAUUACUUUUAAUUAAUCUCUACUGUAAAACACUGUAUAUUACUUGUACAUACCAACUGAUUUGACAUGAAAACUGUUUUAAGCAUUUUAAAGAAUUCUCCAUGGAAAGAAAAUUUCAAAAAAUAUUAAUGAUAAAAUAUUUAUUCAAAUCAAAGUUUCUGUAUAUAGAUAUAAUAUACACUAUAUGUAUUUCAUUACAAAAAAAUAUUUUUCAUGGGGUAUACCUUACAUGUAAUUAUAUGAAUUAUGAUGGUCAUACAUGUAAAUGUCACUGGUAUUGUAUACACAUAUAUAUCUUGCAAUGUGGAAACAAUUUUCUUUAGGUAGUAGCUUGAUAAGUUUUGUUUAAUUGUUAAGAGAUUUUCAUUGUUGUUUUGUAAAGUCUGCUUAAAUGUUAUACAUGUAAUUCAUAAUGCAAUA